AUGAACAGCUGCCGCGUCCUGGUGGGUUUGGCCGCCGAACGCGCCCCCCAAGCCCCUCUCGUUCCCCGGCGCAAUUAUGGUUCCUCGGCCUGGGCGAACCCCUUGCAGCGGCCCCGAACCGCCGCCGCGCAGCCGCCAUUAGCCUUCGACAGGGUACACUGCUACCCCAAACACCCUCCCCGCUCCCCAAGAUCCCAACGAUGCUUCCACAUCACCCCCCAAACCCACCGCGACCGGCACCCGCGAACCUUCCACCUCACCGACCCACAACCCCCCUCCAUCCACCCGCACUCCUCCUCGCCCACCUCGCCGCCCCUCCCCGAACAAUUCCGCAGCGUUAUGCGCCUGCUCACGCACCCCGUCGUCGUCUGCACCUCCACCCACCCACCACCACCCACAUCCACACCCACACCCAACAGCGACCCAAAACCCUCCCCACCACCACCACCACCACCACAAGGCACCCCCCGCGGCAUGACCAUGUCCUCCUUCACAUCCCUCGCGCUCUCCCCCACCCCCGUCGUCAGCUUCAACAUCGCGACGCCCAGCCGCACGCUCGACGCGGUGGCGGCCAGCGGGCGGUUCAACAUCCACGUGCUAGCGGACGACGUGGCGGGGGCGCGCGUGGCGGAUUGGUUUACAGGGGGGAAUGCGGAGAGGCGGGGCGCGUUUGAGAGGUUGGUUGGGAAGGGACAGGGUGGGGAGGGGGAUAUGGUUGUUGGUGGGAGUGAUGGGGAGGCGCCGGUGCUUGAGGGGGAAGGGGUGCUGUAUGUGCUGAGGUGUAGGUUGCUUGAUGAUGAGCCUACCAAGGGGUUGGUGAGGGUGAGGGAUCAUGUCAUUGUGCUUGGGGAGGUGCUGGAGAUUGUGGAGGGGCCGGGGGCGCAGAGGGAGAGGGAAGAGAGGUUUGGGUUGUUGUACGCUGAUAGACGAUACAGGCAGCUUGGGGGCUGUAUCACCCCCGAAAAGGAGCUUAUAAAGUCAUAG